AGAUAAAUUCACACGUCCUUCCUUCCUUUGAUGAAAGUUUGUGAAUUCGUGUUUACUGCAUUGAAUGCACAUGUAUAAAUUUUACAAAUACCCCAUUUAUAUUUAUCGGUGUUAAAAUCGAUACAAGUAACAAGAUGCAAGGACCUGCAGUUUUUAUGGAUAUAUCGCUUGAAGAUCAAGCCCUAGAAUUAAGAAAAUAUUUUAAAGGCUUGGGUGCUGAAAUAUCAGAAGAGAAAUCUCCUAAAGGUAUUGAAGAUGAUUUACACAAGAUAGUUGGCGUCUGCGAUGUUUGCUUUAAAGAACCCAGUGAAUCAGAUAUUGAAGCUAUACUGAACAGUAUCGUCUCCAUUAUGGUCUCACUGCCGAUUGACAAGAUAAUACCAUUAGACAGGGGAGAAAAUCUGAUAUUAGCAUUCAGCCAGAGGCUCACAAAAGCACCUGGACCUAAAUUAGGAGUGGUGGCACUCCAAUCAUUAUGGCGGUUGUACAAUAACUUGGAGCCUAUCUCCCCCUUGAGGUAUCAUGUGUAUUACCAUGUGAUAGAGCUGGCUGCAAGGGUCGGCUGCGUUCGGGAGGUGUUCUCAGGAGUGGAGCAGCUGCGCAAAGAGUUCGCUACCUGUCCGCCAUCUAAUGAGCAAAUGCAGAAGCUCUACAGAUUGCUGCAUCAAGUAUUAAAAGAUCACAAUAGUGAACUGGCAGCCAAAGUGAUGAUUGAGCUACUAGGAACCUACACAGACGAGAAUGCUUCGUAUGCGAGAGAGGAUGCCAUUAAGUGUAUUGUCACCGCUCUAGCUGACCCCAACACUUUCUUAUUGGACCCCUUGCUCGCCCUCAAGCCUGUGAGGUUCCUGGAGGGAGAACUGAUCCAUGACCUCCUCAACAUCUUUGUGUCCGAGAAAUUGUCCAGCUAUCAAACCUUUUACAACAGUCACAAAGAAUUUGUUCAAUCUCAAGGACUCAAUCAUGAACAGAAUAUCAAAAAGAUGAGGAUACUAUCAUUCAUGCAGAUGGCUGAAUCAAAUCCUGAAAUAACUUUUGAUGAAAUGAUUACUGAACUACAAAUUGAAGAGAAGGAUGUUGAAGCAUUCAUUAUUGAAGUGUUGAAGACGCGCCUGGUGCGCGCGCGCAUGGACCAGAGCGCGCGCAGCGUGCGCGUGUCGUCGACGAUGCACCGCACGUUCGGCGCCGCGCAGUGGCGUGCGCUGCGCGCCGUGCUGCAGGCCUGGCGCGCCAACGUCGCGCACGCGCACGAGGCCAUGAAGUCCGUCGCCGCCGCGCAGAUCGAGUACGCCACGCAGCAGCAGAAACCUUAAACCCCGUUUUUUCUUACGAGUCCAGACAUGUGAACGAUCUUUAGUAUACUUAUUGUUGAAUUUUGUUAAAAAUAAAUCAAAUAUCAGUUCAAAUGUUACAUUCUAACAUUUAUUAACCACGGCAGCGAUUUCUUGACAUGUCUAUUUCUAUUAAUAUUGCUAUAUCUACAAUAAAUCACAAAAGUGAUUUCCUAAAAAAAAUGUCUAUUUUAAUUUGUAUUGCUGUACAAUUACAAAAAGACAAGAUUGUGUACAUAAAUCAGACUUGUAAGAAAAAACGAACUUCAGAUGUCAUCCGACCCGUAACGAUUGUCUCUUGUGCUGAUCAAGCUCCGACAAACAACGUCAAUAUUUAGAUGGAGAAUAAUAGUUCAUUUUGUAUAUAAAUUCGAUGUCGAUACUAUUACGUUAUUACUGAAGACGUUAUGUGUGAUGAAUGCGGUGGAGCAGAUUACAGCGUUAUGGAAAUUUUUGUAUCAUUGACUCCUCUAUUCAUUAUUAUAUGUCGCCCCGCAAAAGCAUCCGCUGCCAGAUAAAACUAAAAAAAAAAGAUACAUAAAAUUACGCAUAUAUAAAAUCCUACUUUGCGUCGUUUUGUCGUUUGAUAAAGCCGUAACACAAAAAAGUCGAAAAGCAAUUUAGUAAAAGAAAUUUUUGUAAAGCGUACUACUUAUGUUGAUUAUAAUUUAUUUUAUUUUAAAAUUAUAAAUCAAUCCAUCAUCUCAAUGUUAUAGCGCAAAACAUGUGUAAGUAUUGAAAAUCUGGGAGACAAACAAUCACAGUGGUACGGACAAACUGCAAAUUCUAAUUUAAUAAAUGUAUGUAAGAUAUGA